CUAAGAGAGUUGAGGUUAGAGGUUAUGUUUGUUUGGUAUUCAAGCUACUUUAUACUCGUUUAGCCUACUCAAGUGCUUUUUUUAAAAUGUUAGAAAGUGAAAGUCCUGACGACGAAGGCCUAGGUAAAGAAACAAAUAAACGAAAAAGAGGUGUACGAAAUAUUGAAAAAUAUAAAGUGAAUGUUAUUAAAAAGGCCAGAAUUCGAGGAGAUGAAUACGUCAACUACAAAGGAAAUGUUACAGAAGCACGUACAACUGGAAUACCAUGCACGUGCAGAAUGAAAUGUUUUGAACGUAUAACUGAAGAGGAUCAAUUAGAUAUUCUAAAUAGAGGAGGAAGCUUUCAAAACAAAGAUGAACAAGAUUUAUUUUAUCAGUCAUUAAUAGAAGCCCAUCCUGUUAAAACUAGAAGAUCAAGAGUUACUACACAAACUGAAGAAGAACCUAAGCCUAAGCAUUCUGUUGCACAUGAAAGUUCUUUUACCUUUCAUGUACUGGUUGGUGAAAAAAGAACUAAAGUUUGCAAAAAGGCUUUUUUGAGUUUGUAUGGAAUAGGCGAUAAAAAGGUUAGAAGACUUAAAAAUUUACUUUUAAAAGGUAAGUCGCCUAGAGACUUAAGAGGACAGCAGAUGAAUAGGAAAACGUUUCCUAAAGAUUAUACGGAUCAAAUAAAAAAGCACAUUGAGUCCUUCCCUUUAAAAAUAAGUCACUACUCAUCUAAGGAAAUUAAGUACUUAGAUGCCAACCUUGAUAUCAAGAAAAUGUACAAUCUGUUCUUAGACAAAUUUGAGGGAAGCGAUGUAGUUUAUAGCUACUAUUAUAAAGUAUUUAAAGAGCAUUUUAACUAUCGGUUUGGAAGGCCCCAGAUUGACACAUGCUGUGAGUGUGAAAUGCUUAAUACUCGCAUUAAAAACCCUCAACUAAAUGAGACUGCUAAACGAGUAGCUGAAGCACAGCUAUUAGUUCACAAGAAGCGUAGUAACAAAUUUUAUAAAUCAAUUAGUGAGACCAAAGAUUACUGCGCCUCACACAAAAACGCUUUACUUUUAUGUUUUGACUACUGUGCUAACAUAUCUUUGCCAACCCUUCCAGUUCAGGACGUGUAUUACCUCAGACAGUUGUCAGUUUACCCAUUCGCUAUUCACAAUAGCAAUAAUGACUCAGCAACUUUUUACCUAUACCAUCAAGGUGUUGCUGCUAAAGGUUGCAAUGAAGUUUGCUCUUUCAUACAAAAAUACAUUAAUGACAAUGUACCUGCAAAUGUUGAUGAAUUGUACCUAUACAGUGAUAACUGCACAGGUCAAAACAAAAACCACACCAUGAUCAGGUUUUUGCAAUAUCUCAUAGACAGUGGAAGAUUUAAAAAAAUUGUGUAUCGACUUCCAAUAAGAGGACACUCGUACCUGCCAUGUGAUAGGGUAUUCGGCGUUGUAAAAAGAAAAUUAAGAAGAUGCGAUCGCUACUAUACCGUAAAAGAGGUAACGGAAAUGAUAAUAAGUGCUUCAGUACAAGGGAAGUUUACGGUGGACUUGGUAGACAAAGAUGACAUUUUGGAUUUCCAAAAGUGGUGGCCCAACUUUUAUAAAAAAAGCACUUUCUCAGAGGAAACCAAAACUGAAAAGAGGGGGAAAAGGGAGUAUUUUACCAUAACUUCUUAUCAUGAGUUUUCUUUUCACCAUUCCAAGAAAGGUCAAGUGGUUGUUUCGGAUUUUAUUGGUGGAUUUCCUUCAAAGACCUUUAAUCUUGCUAACCAAUCAAAUCAACAGGUUGAAAUUUCACCUCCCACUGACAUUCUGUAUAAAGAAAAAGUUCCUAUACCAAAGAAGAAAAUGGAUGACAUCAAGAAGCUUGUCCAAUACGUUCCUCAAGAACACCUAGCCUUUUACCAUGAGCUUGUUUGUUGGCCAACAAUUGAGAAAGACAGUUAAAUAAGACUUUUUCUAACUCGAUUCUAUUUUAACUCAUUAUGAAAUGUAAUAAUGUGUGUUUUUUUUACCAAAAAUAAAUUUGUAUUUUAGUC